GGACUGGAAUGAGUCCCCCCUGUCUCCUAUGCAACCUUCUGGACCAUGAACAGUUCCCUUAGCAGAAACAAGACCAAGGCGCCCCCAUGAAGGCCCCGGACUGAAAGCAGGACUUUCUUAUAUUGAAGUCACCAACUGAGGGCAGGAACAGGUGCCCCGUCUUUGGGAUAGCUCCCAGUCCUGACUGGCUUGUGUGUGCCGCCCAUGAACAGAGCUGUCCCAGAGGAGUUCCUCGCAGGUGGAGACCCAGUGCCCCGAGGCCGCACUCGCCGUUGCCUGUCCGCAGUGGAAUCCAGAGAGCAGCCAGAGGAAGAGGAGAAAGAAAAUGAGGAGGAAAAGGAAGGACAAAAAAAGGAGGGGAAUGGUUUCCAUGCUGUACCCCUCCGAAGGUCGGGGGCUUUCCGUGCCCAUAGCCACACCUAUGACCCCUUCAAAAGACAUAGCUGGGAGCCUGGCAGGGAGUUCCAGGACCCCCUGAGCAGUGGUGGCAAUGUGUGUUUCAGGAGCAGACUGCAGGCAUCGGAAUGCCGAGGCCCCCAGGAAGCCCCCUUACUACAGAGCCAAGAAGAACUGGACACUAUUUUGGGAUCACAGCAGCAGAGUGGCCAAUCCUCCCACCUGGACCAUUCAGACUAUCUAUUUCUUCUUGACUCAAUUUUGGGUCGGGAUUCCUGUCAUCCAUCUGCUGGCUCUUUGGAUCACUCCGUCACUGGUAUGCUUUCCAAGUCUGUAUCCAUGAGCGCCAUCAACUGCCACUCGGAGCGCUCAGAUCCAGAUGGACAUUCAUCCCAGUACUCUGCCACUGACCUCAGCAAACCCUGGAACCAGCUGGAAGGGAACUCGGGGGCCUGGGCAGGCUCCUCCUUGCGAAGGACCUUCAGCUUCCUCUUCCUCAUGACGGGCAAGUCAAAGGCCCGGGAAAAGGAGAAGAUGAAGGAAGCCAAGGAUGCCCGCUAUACCAACGGGCACCUCUUCACCACCAUCACGGUUUCGGGCAUGACCAUGUGCUAUGCCUGUAACAAGAGUAUCACCGCCAAGGAAGCCCUCGUCUGCCCAACCUGCAAUGUGACUAUCCACAACCGCUGUAAAGACACCCUCGCCAACUGUACCAAGGUCAAGCAGAAGCAACAGAAAGCCGCCCUGCUGAAGAACAACACUGCCUUGCAGUCUGUUUCCCUUCGCAGUAAGACAGCCACCCGAGAGCGGCCCUCCUCAGCCAUCUACCCCGCUGACAGCUUCCGGCAGUCCCUUCUGGGCUCCCGCCGUGGCCGCUCCUCCUUGUCUUUAGCCAAGAGUGUCUCCACCACCAACAUUGCUGGACAUUUCAAUGAUGAGACGCCCCUGGGGCUGCGUCGGAUCCUCUCUCAGUCUACAGACUCGCUCAACAUGCGGAACCGAACUCUGUCGGUGGAGUCCCUCAUUGAUGAAGGUGCAGAGGUGAUCUACAAUGAGCUGAUGAGCGACUUUGAAAUGGAUGAGAAGGACUUUGCGGCUGAUUCCUGGAGCCUUGCUGUGGAUAGCAGCUUCCUGCAGCAGCACAAGAAGGAGGUGAUGAAGCAGCAGGACGUCAUCUACGAGCUGAUUCAGACGGAGCUGCACCAUGUGAGGACGCUGAAGAUCAUGACCCGCCUCUUCCGCACGGGGAUGCUGGAAGAGCUGCAGUUGGAGCCAGGAGUUGUGCAGGGCCUGUUCCCCUGUGUGGAUGAGCUCAGUGACAUCCAUACGCGCUUCCUCAGCCAGCUGUUAGAACGCCGACGGCAGGCUCUGUGCCCUGGCAGCUCCCGGAACUUUGUCAUCCAUCGCUUGGGUGACCUGCUCAUCAGCCAGUUCUCAGGUCCCAGUGCGGAGCAGAUGCGGAAGACCUAUGCAGAGUUCUGCAGCCGGCACACCAAGGCCUUAAAGCUCUAUAAGGAGCUGUAUGCCCGAGACAAACGCUUCCAGCAGUUCAUUCGGAAAGUGACCCGUUCAGCUGUGCUGAAGCGGCAUGGGGUCCAGGAGUGCAUCCUCCUGGUAACUCAGCGCAUCACCAAGUACCCAGUGCUCAUCAACCGCAUCCUACAGCAUUCCCAUGGGGCUGAGGAGGAGCGCCAGGACCUAACAGCGGCACUGGGGCUGGUGAAGGAGUUGCUGUCCAACGUGGACCAGGAUGUGCACGAGCUAGAGAAAGGGGCCCGUCUGCAGGAGAUCUACAACCGCAUGGACCCUCGGGCCCAGGCCCCGGUGCCUGGCAAGGGGCCCUUUGGCCGAGAGGAACUUCUACGGCGCAAGCUCAUCCAUGAUGGCUGCCUGCUCUGGAAGACAGCAACUGGGCGCUUCAAAGAUGUGCUGAUGCUGCUGAUGACGGAUGUGCUGCUAUUUCUCCAGGAGAAGGACCAGAAGUACAUCUUUCCUGCCCUGGACAAGCCCUCAGUGGUGUCGCUGCAGAAUCUGAUAGUGCGGGACAUCGCCAACCAGGAAAAAGGGAUGUUCCUGAUCAGCGCGGCCCCGCCCGAGAUGUAUGAGGUGCAUACAGCGUCCCGGGAUGACCGGAGCACCUGGAUCCGUGUCAUUCAGCAGAGUGUGCGCGUAUGCCCAUCCAGGGAGGACUUCCCCCUGAUUGAGACGGAGGAUGAGGCAUACCUACGGCGGAUCAAGAUGGAGCUGCAGCAGAAGGACCGCGCACUGGUGGAGCUGCUGCAGGAGAAGGUCGGGCUGUUUGCUGAGAUGACCCACUUCCAGGCAGAAGAAGACGGUGGCAGUGGAAUGUCCCUGCCCACCCUGCCCAGGGGCCUUUUCCGCUCUGAGUCCCUGGAAUCCCCCCGGGGCGAGCGGCUGCUGCAGGAUGCUAUCCGUGAGGUGGAGGGCUUGAAAGACCUGCUGGUGGGGCCUGGAGUGGAGCUGCUCCUGACGCCCCGAGAGUCGGCCCUGCCCUUGGAACCGGACAGCGGUGGUAACACGAGUCCUGGGGUUACUGCCAAUGGGGAGGCCAGAACCUUCAAUGGUUCCAUUGAACUCUGCAGAGCCGACUCCGACUCCAGCCAGAAGGAUCGAAAUGGAAACCAGCUGAGAUCCCCCCAAGAGGAGGCGUUACAGCGGGUGGUCAAUCUCUAUGGACUUCUGCAUGGCCUGCAGGCGGCUGUGGCCCAGCAGGACACUCUGAUGGAAGCCCGGUUCCCCGAGGGCCCUGAGCGGCGGGAUAAGCUGGCCCGAGCCAACUCUCGGGAUGGGGAGGCUGGCAGGGCGGCGGCCGCCCCCGUGGCCCCGGACAAGCAAGCCACCGAGCUGGCGCUGCUGCAGCGGCAACACGCGCUGCUGCAGGAGGAGCUGCGGCGCUGCCGGCGGCUGGGCGAGGAGCGGGCCACCGAGGCGGGCAGCCUGGAGGCGCGGCUCCGCGAGAGCGAGCAGGCCCGCGCGCUGCUGGAGCGCGAGGCUGAGGAGGCCCGCAGGCAGCUGGCCGCCCUGGGCCAGACCGAGCCGCUCCCUGCCGAGGCGCCCUGGGCGCGCCGGCCUCUGGAUCCGCGCAGGCGCAGCCUCCCCGCUGGCGACGCCCUGUACUUGAGCUUCACGCCCCCCCAGCCCAGCCGGGGACAUGACCGCCUGGAUCUGCCCGUGACUGUUCGCUCUGUCCACCGACCCUUUGAGGACCGUGAGAGGCAGGAGCUGGGUAGCCCAGAAGAGCGGCUACAAGACAGCAGUGACCCUGACACUGGCAGUGAGGAGGAAGGCAGCAGCCGUCUGUCCCCACCCCACAGUCCACGAGACUUCACUCGAAUGCAGGACAUCCCGGAGGAGAUAGAGAGCCGCGAUGGGGAGCCUGUGGCUUCAGAGAGCUAAGGGGUUCCCUCUCCCUGUGCUGCACCCCACUGAAGAACAUUACUGAGGAGGGCAAACCUUGGUGACUCCAAUCUGCUAAUGAUGAGGGAACGUUUGAAAGAACUGCUGAUCAUCCUUGCCAGCUCUUGGAAUCCUUGGAUACCUGGGGCCAUUUAGCAAGCCAGGGGGUUUAGGCCACGGUAUCCCCUUGGUGGCAUCCAAAAGCUACACCACAGAUGCCAAUUUUUCAUGCCUUCUUCCCUCUACUUUAGGAAAAUUUAUUUAUUUAUUGUUUAUUAGUUAUGGGGGGAGAGGGGCGAUUUAAAGGACCAGGGACAUGGGAACCAAGCCAUAGGGAUCAGGGGGCCUUGUCCUUUAACACUACUGGGGUGUGUUCAGGGUUAGCCAUGAGCUGACAGGUUCUGGCCCUGACAUCCAUCCCCAGCCACACACAUCUUCAACAAGAGGCUACAACCACAGGACCCUACUGCCCCUUUAAGGAGGGCUGUGGGCAGGGCCACACCCCUCUCCCUGCUCCCCUCCACCUCUUACUACUGCUCUCUCCAUCCUCCAGGAAAUCCAGGGAGAGAGGACCUGGCUUCCUAGAGUUGGUGGCAUAGAAGUUAGGGCAGCCAUAAUGGUUUAUUGGGGGUGAGGGAAAAAACCCACAGGGACCAGAAUGUUUUACUCUUCUUUUCUUUUCUUUUUUUGUACCAAAGCCAACUGCACGUGUUUUAUACUUUUAAGAGAAGAUUGUAGGCAGUAGAGAUCGUAGCCUUCUAUUUCCAACUCUGAACUUGAGGGAAGAAUGGGGAGAGUGACCUCUCCCUUCAUCUAGAGUAAUGGAGCUCCUAUCUGACCCUCUUUAUCAGCCAUUUGGAAGAAGUUCUAGGGUGGGUUGGGGAAGCUGUAUGAAUCCUGACUUCAUCUCCCACCUCAGUAACCAUAACCUGAAACCUCAGCGUGAAUUUGGGGGGUUUUUCAGUGGACUCCCCCAGUGCCCACCAGCUCCAACCAUUUUUCUGCCAAUAUGAUUGUUAAAAAAAAAAAAAAGAAAGGAAAA